ACGACAAAAUAUCUCUAUUAAGCAUAAUUCCAACGUCAAGUCUAACUAUGAAGGCUCUUCCUAUCUCUCCCACUAGCUCAUAGUCUUCCAAACAAAGUAUUCUUAUAAUUAUUUUUAGUAACUUCAUACCAACUAAAUUUAUCUAUAUAAGUUUACAUAAUCAUCAAAGAACAAAUACUCACAAAAAAGAAAGAAAAAAAAAGAAAGUGAAGUAUUAUUUAAAUUUUAGGACAGACAGGAAGGACAAUGCCCAUGUUUGGUUAGUGUUUCUCGUUCAAGAACAAUUAAUCAUAACUUUAUGAAAGUGAGAAGGUAGGUGUUCUUCUUAAAGGAUCUUAUUACAUUUUUAAGUAAAGCGCGUAGUUUUGAGAGGACCAUAGUAGAAAUGGCGGAGGAGAAAAAAGAGCAAGAGAUGAAGAGGGAAGAUGAGGUUGAAAAUGAAUCAGAUGAGGUUGUAACAAUAGCAAGAGUGCCACCAUGGACAAAACAGAUAACAGUAAGAGGAGUUGUAACAAGUGCAAUCAUUGGGGUGAUUUACAGCAUCAUUGCAAUGAAGCUGAACCUUACUACUGGGCUUAGCCCUAAUCUAAAUGUCUCCGCUGCUCUUCUUGCCUUUGUUUUCAUUAGAGCAUGGAAUCAAAUCCUCAAGAAAGCUGGGUUUUCUCCUGCUCCAUUCACUAAGCAAGAAAACACCAUGAUUCAGACUUGUGCAGUUGCUUGCUAUAGCAUAGCCAUUGGAGGUGGAUUUGGGUCUUACCUAUUGGGAUUAAACAAGAAGACAUAUGAGUUAGCUGGAGUUAACACAGAAGGGAAUUCUCCUACAAGUUACAAAGAUCUAAAAGUUGGCUGGAUGACUGCUUAUCUUUUCAUCGUUUGUUUUGUUGGUCUCUUUGUGUUGACCCCCUUACGCAAGAUUUUGAUAGUUGACUACCAGUUGGUUUUUCCAAGUGGUAUGGCAACUGCAGUGCUCAUAAAUGGAUUUCAUACAAGGGGAGAUAAAAUGGCAAAGAAACAAGUACGCGGAUUUCUGAAAUACUUUUCCAUGAGCUUCUUAUGGGGUUUUUUCCAAUGGUUUUUUAAUGGUAAAGGGAACUGUGGAUUCAUGCAGUUCCCUACCUUUGGACUGCAAGCUUGGAAGCAAACGUUUUACUUUGAUUUUAGCAUGACUUAUGUUGGAACAGGGAUGAUUUGCUCUCAUCUAGUGAGCCUGUCUUUGCUCUUUGGAGCUGUGCUUUCAUGGGGACUAAUGUGGCCUCUCAUUAGCAAGUUGAAAGGAGAUUGGUUCCCUGAAAACAUAUCAGAAGAAAGCAUGCAGGGUUUGAAUGGCUAUAAGGUGUUUAUUUCCAUUGCUCUCAUUUUUGGAGAUGGUUUCUACAACUUCUUCAAAGUACUGAUUAUUAUCCUCAUAAAUGUUCGUGGUAGAAUGAAACAAAAACCAAUCCAGAAUACAGAGACAAAUGGCCAAGACAAAGCUCCUAAGAUCACAAAGCAGAAUGAGGUGUUCGUCAGGGAAAGCAUACCAAUGUGGGUAGCAGGAAGUGGUUACAUCUUCUUCGCUAUCAUAACCGUCAUUGCCCUCCCAAUAAUGUUUCCCGAAAUCAAAUGGUACUUUGUUGUUGUAGCCUACAUUCUUGCUCCGGCUUUAGCCUUCUGCAAUGCCUAUGGAGCCGGCCUAACAGACAUGAACAUGGCAUACAACUACGGCAAGGUAGCUCUCUUUAUAUUAGCAGGCCUAACAGGGAAGAAAUAUGGUGUGGUAGCGGGACUUGUAGGUGCAGGAUUGAUCAAAUCAAUGGCCUUAGUUUCUUGUACUUUGAUGCAAGACCUUAAAACAGGUCAUAUGACCUUAACAUCCCCGCGAGCAAUGCUUGUAAGUCAAGGCAUUGGGACAGUCAUUGGAUGUAUAGUGACCCCUCUUAGCUUCUUUCUGUUUUACAAGGCAUUUGAUGUAGGAAACCCAAAUGGAGAAUACAAAGCUCCUUAUGCUUUAAUAUAUAGGAACAUGGCAAUCUUAGGAGUUGAAGGCUUCUCUGCUUUACCGCGGCAUUGUUUGGAGCUUUGCUGUGGUUUCUUUGUGUUUGCCAUUGUUGCUGACUUGAUAAGAGAUCUUGCUCCUUCAAAGAUUGGAAGAUUGAUGCCGCUUCCUAUGGUGAUGGCGGUUCCGUUUCUAGUAGGUGGAUACUUUGCCAUUGACAUGUGUGUUGGAAGUUUAGUGGUGUUUGUAUGGAACAAGAUUGAUUCUAAGCAAUCUGAGUUGAUGGUUCCUGCUGUGGCUUCUGGUUUGAUUUGUGGGGAAGGACUCUGGUCUCUUCCAGCUUCUUUUCUUGCUUUAGCUAAUGUUAAUCCUCCUAUUUGUAUGACUUUUUUGCCUUCCAAGACAUAGGAUAUUCUGCCAUACUCCUUUCUUAACUUUUCCUUUCCAGGAGUUGCCACAUUAUGUAUCUAUGGAGGUACACACUUUUUUUUUCUUCCUCCAUCUCAACUUCACAAUUACUUACAAUAAUGUAUACUACUAAUUUUCCAUUGA